AUGUGUAUACUGAUAAGUCUGACCAAAAACAUUGAGGCUUUUCCUAGCCUCAGGAAAGAAAAUGCAGAACUGAAGGAACGCGUCGAUGAUAUGGAACAAUACUCAAAAUCGAACAUGCUGGAAAUAAAUGGUAUACCCAAAAAACAGGAUGAAGAUGUAACAGAAAUCAUUUGUAGAAUGAGCGAAGCAUUAGGACACAAAAUAAAAGCAGAUGCAAUCGACAUUUGUCACAGACUUAAACAACGAAAUGAAAACCUACCUCCACCAAUCGUUGUCAAGUUCGUUCGUAGAACAGACAAACAAGUAAUAUUGAAUAAAAGGAAAGUUACGAGGCAGUUUUCUACAAAGCAGAUGGGAGAAACAACGGACCAUCCAGUCUAUGUGAAUGAAAGUCUAGCACCUACGCGAAGAAGGAUUUUCACCAUGGCGAGAGAGAUCUUCAAAAGAGGCGACAUCAAAUACCUAUGGAUCAAGGAAGGGAAGAUUCUAGCUAGGAAAGAAGACGGAACACCAGUUAUUGAACUCAAGAACAGUGAAGAAGUGAAUAAGUUGAGCGUGAGAAGUGCAUCAAAGCAGCCAGGUAACCAAGAAAAUAACAGUGUCAGUACCGUAAAUAAAAAUGUCAUCAGAGAUAAGUAA